AUGGGAUGCGGGACUUCGAAGACGCUGCAAGUUAAUGCGGAUCUCAAAGAAGCUGAUAUCGUUAAACAAGUUCAUAUCGAAGAGGAUGAUGGAGGAGAGCUGGAGACCAGCAGCAAGGAGUUUAUCUCAAAAGACGAAAGCGACGAAAACGUUCAUCUUACAAAGUUAGAAGACGACACUUCGAAUGCGCCUAUACAGCAGCAGAAAGAAUUUGCUCUUGGCGAUCGUGUUCAUAUGCGUGGCUACGUCGGUAUUGUAAAGUUUGUAGGUACGACUGAACUUGGUGAGGGGGAGUGGAUUGGAAUAGAAAUGGACCAAGAACUGGAGCAAGGGAAUGACGGAUCUUACGAAGGGAUCCAGUAUUUUCUUUGUGGGAGAAAACGCGGUGUUUUCGCGAGACCUACUAUGGUAUUUCCUCACCCGAAACGGGAUGAUGCGGGCCAAGCAUCACGUACUCUUUCACCCGCAACAGUCGUUUUUAUUCAGGCGAGAUUGCGCCGUGUACUAUCAGGGAUUCGUAGGCGAAAACUGCAGCUUCGCACCGAUAUUGAUAAGGCUAUUGACGCGCACGUGAGAAGCAUACCAAAGAGCGAAACAGAAACAGUUGCUAAACUUAGCCAUUAUCUCACGGAACCAUUUGAAGGACUGCGAAACAGGGCUUUCGCUUUAUAUAGGUGGAUAACCGUCAACGUGUACUUCGACGUUGAAGGGUACUUUGAGCGUGCGGCAAUGCGUGGCACUGACUCCGAAAGCGUGCUUCGAGAACGCGUCACGUCGAGCGAGGGUUAUGCAACUCUUUUCGAGGAACUGUGUAAGGCGUCCAACGUCCCUACCAAGAAAGUCAGAGGGUUUGCUAAAGGAUACGGCUAUCAUAUGCGACAGAAAAUUCCACAACCGAAUCAUUCGUGGAAUGUGAUAAGAGUAAGCGGUGGAAAGUGGUUCAUCUGUGAUCCGACAUGGGGAGCAGGACGAAUCGGAGACGACAUGAUGUUCCACAGGGAUCCCAACGUACACCAGUUUAUGAUCCUGCCUUCAGUGGCCAUCACAAGUCGGUUCCCCGUUGAUGAAAGAUGGCAGUUUUUGGAUCAACCGAUCACGAAGGAAGCUUUUGAGCGAUUAGCGGUACCUUCUGGACACCUCUGUAUAAUGAACGUUUCCCUCUGCAGUCAUAAAGAAAGCAUGUACACUGCUUCCGAGAGCGAACAAAUUGAAAUGACAUUUUAUGCCACCGAUAGCACGAUUUUCAAAGGUGUGCUAAAACGCUACGCCGGAGGAAAAGAAAAGCCAACGGCCAGAAACAUGGUUCGUUUUGAACCCGCCCGUCAAAACGACAAAGUCAAACUAACUGCUCAGUUUCCUUCUGCCGGUGAGUUUUUCUUGGAUGUCUUGGUUCUUGUCGACCGCAAGUGGGAACAUGGGGUCAGAUACUGCAUUUAUUCCACGGGGGGUGUUGGAGAGGUACGAGGUGGCUUUCCCUCGGUAGGUCGGAACUUUUAUUCCCUGGGAUUUCAACUACAUAAACCUUUGAAAAACAUCGAAACUAUGAAUGGAAAGUGCUGUGUUUAUUUGAAAUGCAACAAAAAGCGGUUUGGCUCACUAACAGGGAAGUUGGUAAAGACAUCCAGCCCGACCUCCGGCGAAACAAACGAUCAUAGACUAUACCGCAGUGAAAAAACCGACAACGGUUUCCUCCUGAAAGUCCACUUGCCUAGUAAAGGAGAACACAGACUGUCUAUUUAUGCCAAGUACCAUGACCACAGGAAACCCAACGAAUACUUGUGUACAUAUUUUGUAACGGCGUACAAGGGAGCCGGACAAGCUGCUGGGUUCCCUGUUAUAUCAGAUCGAUUCAAAACUUGGGGCUUAACACUUGUGAGUCACCAAGAAAACAUUUUAGCAGAAUCUGGACGCUGUUCUAUCGCGCUGAAAACCCCCGAAGAAAUCACACUCUCCGCACAUCUAAGUUUACGAGGAGAUGACGUUCCCGGAAUGUGUUCAGUGGAAAAACUUGAAGAGAAAUCCACGAUACAUGUGCACGCCCCAGAAGCCGGACUGUUCACACUGAAUGUUUUUGGACGAAAAACAACUGACGAAAAGUCGGAGUUUCUGUGCACCUACACUAUAAAAGCUUUAAAGGGUGUGAGCGAUAAUCCUGGUUUUCCUCAAAUCUCCGAGCUUUUCAAGAAAUGGGGAGUGGAAUUGAUCGAUCCACACGAGAACAUUUUGUCGGAAAAUGGACGAGCCUGUUUGAGACUCAAGACACCAGGGAGCGUUUUAGUUCAAGCAACAUUGCAUCAAAACGACAAUCCUCUACCUCAUGAGCUCUGUUUCACUGAAAGGGAAGGAGCUGUCAGCAAAAUCAGUGUCCAUUUACCAGCGGUCGGUUUAUAUAAGCUUAACAUUUUCGGGCGAGAAGGGCCCGGAGGCAAAGGUCACUUCCUUUGCUCGUUCAGCGCUUUGGCCACGUGCGGGUACGAGGAAAAUCCGGGAUUCCCUCGGGUCUCCGAUGAGUUUCGAGCGUGGGGCCUUCGGCUGGAAAGCCACCGACAGAACAUUACCGUGUAUGAUGGGUCGGUCGCAAUCACGUUGUUAAACCCCAACGCUAUUAAGAUUUUUGUCCAUCUCUUGAACGAAAACGAGGAAAGCCAAGACAAGGGGUGCAUGAGAACAGAGAGAAUCGAAGAAAGAGACGUGAUCUACUGCCAGCUCCCAAAGAAAGGAAGAUAUAAGUUAGAUUUGUAUGGGAAGAACUCGAAAAAGGCCAAGAAAAAGCUCUUCCUUUGUAGUUAUUCUAUCUGUUACUAG